UUUCUGCAAGAUGGAAAAUGCAUUGCUUUUGUGUAUAUUCGUGUCCCAUUGGCAUUUCCUAAAUGCUUUAUUCACAGUUGAAGUUCCCCAGCCACAGUACACUGUAGAAUAUGGGAGCAACGUGACCAUGGAAUGCAGGUUUCAAGUGAAUGGUGAAUUAAAGCUUCAAGAUUUAAGUGUCAUUUGGGAGAAAAAAGAGGAACAUACAAAAGAGGUUUACAAACUUCACAAAGGAAAGGAAAACUUUAAUAACCAACACAGCGACUACGGGGGAAGAGUAAAUUUGUUGAAAGAUAAACUGCAGUUGGGACAGUCUAUGCUUCAGAUCACCAGUGUAAAACCUACAGAUGCAGGGACUUACCUCUGUCUCAUUGGCUAUGAGGGAGCUGACUACAAGACGAUCACUUUGCAAGUAAAAGCUCCUUAUAGAAACAUAACCAAAAGAACUGUGACUGUCCAGGGGACUCCAGGACACAACGAAUGGGAGUUAACAUGCCAAUCACAAGGGUAUCCUAAGGCAGAGGUCAUUUGGCAUAAUGGGGAACAUCAAGACUUCAGUGCCAAAGCAAACACAAGUUAUGAAACAGGAACUGAUCAACUGUAUAGUGUGACAAGCACACUUAAAACCAACACAAGUAUUAAUGAGACAUUUCACUGUAUAUUUUGGAACAAAGAAUUUAAAGAAAACACAUCUGCUAUUUUAAUCAUACCAGAUUGUCCAGUAGAUAGUCAAAGGAUUAACAGUAGACGGUAUUUUGCAACAGCUGGGGCUGUGUUGGUUCUCUUUGGAUCAUCGCUUCUAUUUAUGCUUUGGGUAAAAAAGGCUAGAAAAGAUCAGGACAGGGAGACAUGUACAAAUAAUGCAGCAGUGAAAGUGAUAAAAUUAUCGACAGAUGAGGAAGAGGGCGAUUGCAGAGAGAGUUCUCCUGAGAAUGAAGAACUAGAAAAUGUACGAAUUGAGGGGACUUAAUGCAGAAUGUUUUCUUCCUUCACUGAAUAUAUUCUAGAGCUCUGGGAGUUUUAUUUUAAAUACUAUUUUAAAAUGUCCUGGUCUAAUUCUCCUUUCAUUUACAAAAGUGUAAAUUCAGAGUAAAUUCACAGAAGUUAAUGGAGUUAUCCUGAUGUAAAACUGAUCAGCAUCAGGCUCUCUGUGUAUGUAUUUGUAUUUAUUUAAGUUCCUACAUGUCUGCUUUGUCCAUUAUGCACUUUUGUGGAUGUUUUUCAGGUUUUUUAAAUACUUCUAUCAAAAAAGAAUGCACUUGAGGUUCCUACCCUAAUGCAUUUCAUACUUGUUUUUAAAACAUUCCAAUUUUUCUCUGAGCUCUAAAUUCCCUAUUGAGACGCUAUCACUUCCAGCCUCCACGGAUGAAAUUGUCAUCACUUUGACCCAUACAAGGAUAAGGAGGAGACUGAAUGUCAUGCAUGUGGGCCACCAUCUGUAGAUUUUAAG